AUGUCGCAGGUAUGGAACACGGCUCGGUAUGGGUUGCCCCCUCUUCCCUCUGUCGACGAUCCCAAAACUCUGGCCCGGUGCCCUCAAGUCUCCCACUACUGGAAUGCCUUGCUGCAAGACGCCGCCACCUGGCGCUACCACUUUUCCCUGCACCACCUCCCCGACGGCCCCGCAUCUCUAGCAGCCCUACUCAUGGAACACCACAGGGGCAUCGUCCAAAGUGUCGGCACUGAAAAGGAACCUAGGCAUGCUGCCAGGCAUGCGGUCAAACUCGUCCUCCUCGGCGGCAUCCCCUCAUCCUCGUGGCACAAGAGUCAGAGCAAGAAUAGGAAAAAGCUGGAAGGAGAUGUGCAAUUUGCCCAGUCGUUGAAUCGGCGACGCCCGAGUGUGGCGGCGGGCUUGUCUGCGUCCAGUAACAGGGAAGCGCGUCGCGUUUCUUCUUUGCUGGUGGUGUCAUAA